CCCAAACCCUUAAACAAAAGGCUCACUCACUGACAAUCAUGGCAGAUACUUUCCCUCCCGGCUGCCGGUUCCACCCCUCAGAAGAGCAGCUCCUCUCUUAUUAUUUAUCGAGCAAGAAAGCCUAUCCGGCAAUACCCGGGGCCUACGAUUGGAUCGGAGAACUGCACGACUUACGGCGCCUCGAACCGUCAGAGUUACAGAAUUGGAGUUGGUAUUCGUACGAUUACAAAGGGAGGAAGAGGCACUGGUACUUUUAUAUGGCUGGAGUUUGGGAGGAGGAGAAGAAAACGAAGCAGGGAUAUUGGAAAAGGUCAGGUAAGGUUAGGGACGUCUUCAACCGCCAAGGGGUUGUUUUGGGCACCAAGACUAGCUUUGUCUACUAUGAAGGAUCGCCUGACACAGCCUCACGUACAGAUUGGGUACUCUAUCGCUAUGCUCUGGCAAAUCAUAUCGAGGGUUCUUUUGUUAUAUGCCGAGUAUUUUCAAGAUCAGAUAGUGAUUUCAAUUCCUGUGAUGAUAACAAUGCUGGAGUAGUGACGCCCGAGCCUGUGUCUACUACAAGUAAUCAAGAGAACCUUGCUCAGGUAGUUUAUUUUCAUCUUCGUCCCCUUUACGACUGCUUUAUACCGCCUACCAGAGCCGUCCCUUAUUGGGGCAGUCGACCAUGGCGGACGCCUUCGGCCUCAUAUUGGGGAAGGCCUCACAUAGAGGCCUCACGUUACAUCGGGACAACUCUGCCGCCUACUCCUCCUGUUGGGUCAAAGCCUUGUUCUCAGCGUGUAGAUUUGAGUCAUCUUACCACACUCCUAGUGAAUCUCGCACCGGAAGAGCGAAGGAAUAUGCUUGGUGAGCGUUUGUUUCCUCUCGUUGACAUGUUGGAGAUGGACAAGGCACCUAAGGUGACAGGCAUGCUUUUGGAGUUGGACAAUCCUGAGGUAUUACAUCUGCUCGAGUCACCAGAGGCUUUAAAGGCAAAAGUUGCAGAGGCCAUGGAUGUCUUGGCGAAGGCAGCUGUUGAUAGGGUACAGUGA